AGCACAUGGAAGAAAAAGCUCACACCAGGGUGUCUUUGGUUUCCAGGUUACCCAAAUAUGGAACAAAGCCUGCUGGAAGUACCGCCCAGCUUGUUCCAAAUGGGACGGCACCUCACCUUUCAGGGAAUACACAGAUCAUUGACAAAAAUUUCAGCAAGCACAAUGGCACCACUCGCCUGUCUUCCUUUGCUUUUAACUGGAGAAAGUCUAACAAAUUCCCUCUGGGAAGUCGGAUCGGUAAUGAAUAUAACUCCAGUCAGGAUCCCAGGGAACGAGUGACCGGGUCGGAAAAACGUCCUCCGUCUGAAGGAUCAGUUAGUCAGGAAGUACUCAGGACCGCUUCAAAGACCCCUUUUUCCAAAACAGCGAAACAAGACAACAUGUUGGUAUCCCCUGCAGAAGAAUUCCGUCAGAAAUGUUUGCCCGGUCUGUCUAAUUCGAAGUAUGUCAAAAGUUCUUUGUUAAGCAGGACUCCCUACUCUGGAUUUAACGCACCAAAACCGCAGUUGAACGGGGUUUGUGGGAACCAAUCGGUGACAGGCUUGCAGAGGAUUAGAGGGAAUCAUUUGGUCCCUCGGAGUAGCUCAGGGGAGAGCCUGGGGAGAUCCACAGACAAUAAUGUCCCACCCUCUUGUGAAAAAAUGGUCCGGUCACAAAGCUUCUCACAUUCCCUUCAAAGCUCUCUCUUGCCUCCUGCAUCUCUUACCAGAUCCCACUCGUUUAACAGAGCAGUGGAUCUGACAAGGCCUUACCAAAAUCAACACCUGGCUCUUAGACCAUCCCAGAGGUCGAAUCUCCUGUCAAGAAGUGCGCGCCAGUUAGACGCGCCCAACGGGAAUGAACCUCUGAGGUACGAAUUGCCUAGGUCGUUGGCUGCUCUAGCACCUUCCCAUGUCAAGAAACAGUCCCUCUUCAACGGUUCGGGGGACGCCUCUCCCCUGAGAUUCAGAUCAGGCCGCCCUUCAUUGCUGAAGCCCGUGAACCAGCCUUUGGGUAGAAAGAUCCCCGUGGAUGGCAGCGCCAGGAAAGACCCCGCAAAUAGCCUAAUGGAAGAUCUGGAAGAUUCCGCGGACGCUGAAAGAGAUGCCAAUGCAAAAGAAACUCAGAGCAACGAUUUUGUAGAGAGCAGCUAUAAAAUGUGCAUGGAUGGCGACGUGGAUGAAAUAUCAAUAUCUUCCCUGUCCUCUUCAGAGAAAAAUGACCUUAGUGAAGAUUUUAGCGAUGAUUUCAUAGAUCUGGAAGAUCCCGGCCGAACCAUGCUAAUUGGAGAAGAGAAAGUUCCUGCUGAAAAGCUGGAAGGUAGAAACGGAAUACCACCACAAUUGCUAUCUUUUCAGGAAAACGAGAAGUCGAACUGCAACAACGAGGAAUGGCUGCAUAUACAUAUGUCAGAUGACAAGAGUGAAAGUACCAAACAUCCCAUUGGGAACAAUGAAAUUUCUUCGGAAAUGGAUUACAGAGUUGGUUCCUCUUUUGAGCUUUCCCCGUCUGACAGCUCGGAUGGGACUUACAUGUGGGACGAAGAAGGGCUGGAGCCCAUUGGGAGCGUCCAUCCAUGCGGCAGUUUUGAUUCCUCAGAAAUGAACAGCAUCGAUAUCCUGAACAACCUUGAGUCCUGUGAUCUUGAAGAUGAUGAUCUUAUGCUUGAUGUCGACUUACCUGAAGACGCACCCUAUGAUAAUGAGGAAUGUGACAAUAUGAACCGUUAUGAGCAACCUGGCAGAAAUAUUCGACAGCAAAAAGCAGAGGGACUCUGGAAGAGAACACCCCAGAGGUGGAACACUCAGGAUCAUUAUCAUCUUAGUCCCACUGAGCACUAUUCACACGUCAGAAAUGAUCUAAACAGGGGCUGCAACUAUGUCGAUUCUCCCCCUGUUAGUCAUCUUGAAGGCUACGGGACAUCAGGCUUGUAUCCACCGCUGAGGAGCUUGCCAGCAAACACUGUGUUAUUGGACGAAAUGACCCUUCGCCAUAUGGUUCAAGAGUGCACGGCGGUGAAAACCCAGCUCUUAAAAAUGAAAAGAAUACUCCACCAGAAUGAUGAAAACAUGUCACUGCACAACAUCACACUCCCAAUGCCAUCAAGUCCAGAACAGCUGGAACCCGAACCAAUGUAUAAGACUGACGAAUUAUUAAGCGAGAUCACACAGCUGAAGGAUGAUUUGAAAACGAAAGACGAGACCAUCCAACAGCUUGAACGUCGUCUUGCUGUUAGGUGUGGCUGCCACGAAGGCAGCAAGACACCUGAAGCGACCACGGGCCGCUUUGCUGACAAAUUCACCCAGACCACCUGGCGAAGAAGCGCGAGUGGGCUUUCUGGUCCUUCCUACUUUUCCUGGCAGGGCUCAUGCCAGGGCAUCCCUCGGACUCUUCCACCGCAGCGCAGACAGA